UAGGCUGGAUGGAAUUUUCACCAUAUGUCUUACACCUUUCCAAUUGUUUCAGGUGUAUAGAAGUGCCUAGAGUGUAGGGGCGAGGUGUUGAUUCUGAAUUCCUUUCUUGCCUGUUGAUUGCUGUGGGUUUUUAUAAUGUCCAGUUGGUGGCAGUAAUGUACAUUUUAUGGGCUUGCUAUCUUUCAUGAGUCCCUCACUAAGUAGUAGCAGAGACUGAAGAGGAAGUGAGAUGUUGAUGUCUAUGGGAGUGUAAACCAACAGGCCUAGAACUGAACAGGGGCAUAGAUCUGCUCUAGGGUAAAUGAAGAAGACAACUCCAAGCUGACUUGCCUCAUGACUUUGUGACAUCAUGGACCCCACUCCUGAGCCCAAGACCAGAGAGGAGUUUUGAAAGUAACUCUGCUGCUUGGUCAGUGUAUGUAUCAACAUGGCAGAGGCCAGGGACCUGAUCAGUUGUUCGAUCUGUCUGGAUCUACUGAAGGAUCCAGUCGCUAUUCCCUGUGGACACAACUACUGUAUGGACUGUAUUAAAGGCUGCUGGGAUCAGGAUGAUCUAAAAGGUGUGUACAGCUGUCCCCAGUGCAGGCAGACCUUUACCCCAAGACCUGUUCUGAACAGAAACCCUCUACUAACCGAGUUAGUGGAGAAACUGAAGAAGACAGAAAUCCAAGCUGCUCCUCCAGCUCUCUGUUUUGGUGGACCUGGAGAUAUUGAGUGUGACGUCUGUACUCGGAAAAAAUUAAAAGCCGUCAAGUCCUGUCUGGUGUGUUUAGCCUUUUACUGUGAGACUCACCUCCAGCCUCACUAUGAAUCUCCUGCAUUUAAAAAACACAAGCUGGUCAAAGCCUCCACACAACUACAGGAGAAGAUCUGCUCUCAUCAUGACAAGCUGCUGGAGGUUUACUGCCGUACUGAUCAGCAGUGUAUCUGUUAUCAGUGUGAGAUGGAGAAACACAAAGGCCAUGAUACCGUUUCCCCAGCAGUAGAAAGGAUUGAGAGGCUGAAGCAGUUAAGUGACAACCAGGCCAAGCAGAGAAUUCAGGAGAGAGAGGGGAAGAUACAGGAGGUGAGACAGGCUGUGAAGUCACUCAAGCGCUCUGCACAGACAGCAGUUGAGGAAAGUGAGAGGAUCUUUACUGAGCUGGUCCACUCAAUUGACAAAAGGCGCUCUGAGAUGAAGGAGUUUAUCAGAGCCCAGGAGAAGGCUGAAGUGAGUCGGGCUGAAGGACUCCUGAAGCAACUGGAGCAGGAUGUCGCUGAGCUGAAGAGGAGAGAGGCUGAGUUGGAGCAGCUCUCACACACAGAGGAUCACAUCCAUUUCCUCCAGAGUUUCCAGUCUCUCUGUGUCCCUCCUGGAUCUGAGGCCUUACCCAGCAUCACUGUCUACCAAAUCUCAUUUGAGGAUUUAAAGAAAUCAAUAUCUGCACUAAAACAGCGACUGGAGGUUAUGUUCAAGGAGGAAAUGGCCAAGAUACCUGGGAAAGUACUGAUGCCAGCGACCAUAAGUACAGAGGAAUAUGGUGUCCAGUUUGUGGAUGAGCAAAGGUCUGAGCUCAUUCAGAGGGUAACCAUGGUGAUGCCUAUAGCAGAUGAACUGCUUCAGAGAUGCAUGCUUCAUAAAGAAAUGUAUAAUACGAUCCGUGAUGCCAGGCCCAGCCAGGAACAGAUGAGACUGCUGUACGAGGCCCUCCACUCAGGAGGCUCUAAGGUGAAAGCAGCCUUUUAUGAGAUUCUACGGGAAAAACAACACUAUCUAGUCAAUCUGGCAACAAAUCUUCAUGAUGUUCCACUCCCCGAACCCAGGAUCAGAGAAGAGUUCUUGAAAUAUUCCUUACCGCUCACAUUGGAUCCUAACUCAGCUCAAAAGUGCCUGUGUCUGUCUGAGGGAAACAGGAAGGUGACAAAUAAUGGAAAGGCCCAGCCCUACCUUCACCAUUCAGACAGAUUUACCUACUUCGUCCAGGUGCUGUGUAGAGAGGGUCUGUCUAGAGCCUGCUACUGGGAGGUAGAGUGGAGCGGGGAUUCUGUUAAAGUAGCCGUCUCAUAUAAAGGAAUCAUCAGGAAUGGAAACGGAUGGGAUGAAGUUGGUGCGUUUGGACGGAAUGAUCAGUCGUUGAGUUUAUACUGCUCAACCUCUAGAUGUACUUUCAUGCACAACUGCUCAACAACUGUUAUCACUGUCCCCUGCUCCUCCAGAGUUGGCGUGUACCUGGACCACAGGGCAGGAACUCUGUCCUUCUACAACGUUUCUGACACAAUGACCCUCCUCCACAGAGUCCAGACCACAUUCACUGAACCUCUUUAUCCUGGGUUUACAGUUGGUCAUGGAUCAUCUGUGAAGAUACUGACACAGUGAUAGAAGUAAAGGAGCUUUCAUAUUAAACUUGGUAUGGAUUUAGUCCAUAACGUUGUUAUUUCUCCUUUUUUUAUAAUCUUGAAGUUCUGAAAAAUAUGCUUAAUGUCUCUGCUGAUGGAGUGCUGCUGUUUUCCCCAGCUCUGACAUAAAAGAUUGUUUGUGUCCUGACUGCAAAUCUGAAGAACCAGGGUUUGUUGUAUAAACACAUGCAUGCUGGCCUCUGUGGGCUGAGGAAAAUAGUAAGCCAUGAAAAACUCAAACAAGGCCUAGUUCCAGUUUGGGAGUUAGCUCCUACCCCUUCAGUGUGCACAAGUUUGACAGGACUGGAAGGAUGUAAGCAAUAUGGAGGAUGCUUCACUUGGCCUAUUAGAAAACCACAUGGAGUCAUCACCUAUCCCAUUCUUUUAGAUCUGCAACACCAAAAUGUUAGGGAAAGGGGACCACAAUGGAAUCAGGCUUAUAUAUACAGUAGGUUACAGGAGUCUGUCAACACAAAAUCAAAUAAAAUGUUAUUUGUCACAUGUGCCAAAUACAACAUGUGUAGACCUUACUGUGAAAUGCUUACUUAUAAGCUCUUAACCAACAAUGCAGUUUUAAGAAAAAUACCUAAAAAAAUAAGAAAUAAAAGUAACAAAUAAAUAAGAGCAGCAGUAAAAGAACAAUAGUACAGGGGGCACCAGUUAGUUGAGGUAAUAUAUACAUGUAGGUAGAGUUAUUAAAGUGACUUAUGCAUAGAUAAUAACAGAGACGAGCAAAACCUUGAGACUUCCUUAGAUAUCGUGCACCAGCUGUUGUUUACAAAUAUACAUAGACCGCCACCCCAUGUCUUACUAGAGGCUGCUGUUUUAUCCUGCCGAUACGAUGUAUAACCCGCCAGCUGAAUGUUAUUCAUGUCGUCGUUCAGCCACGACCCGGUGAAACAUAAGAUAUUACAGUUUUUAAUGUUCCAUUGGUAGGAUAUACGUGCUUUUAGUUCGUCCAAUGUAUUAGCCAGCGAUUGUACGUUGGCUAAUAGUACAGAUGGCAACGGCAGAUUUAGCCUCAUGUCGGCAGAUCCUCACAAGGCACCCCGAUCUCCUUCUGCAAAAUCUUUUCCGUCUCUUUCUCCUGCGAAGGAUGGGGAUGAGGGCUUGUUCGGGUGUCUGGAGUAAAUUGCUCUCUCCUGACUCAUUAAAGAGAGAUUCUUUGUCCAGUUCAAGGUGAGUAAUCGCUGUUCUGAUUUCCAGAAGCUCUUUUCGGUCAUAAGCGAUGGUAGCAGCAACAUUAUGUACAAAAUAAGUUACAAACAAUGUGAAAAAAACAAACAAAAUAGCACGGUUGGUUAAGAGCCCAUAAAACGGCAGCCAUCUCCGGCGCCAUCUUUUCAAAUACAAACACACUCAGUAUGACAUCAGAAAUUAACUGCUAAUUUAUUCUGUUUUUUGUUUACGUUUUAAUUUCAUAUUAACUUUAUUGCUCCUUUAAAGCACUUCUCAUGACAAAGCUAGUUCAUUAAAUACCCACUUGGCAAAAACUAGUUGCAUCAAUGUUUCCACUGCAUUUCAAGAACAACAAAUAUAUCUGAUGAUGUGAAUCAAUGUGGAAAACUGAUUGGAUUUGCAAAAAGUAAGGGGAAUUAAGUUUUUUUUUUUUUUCACCCAACAUUUAACCUAAAUCCAAUGACAUGUUGACAUUUUUUGUUGAUUUCAAGUUGAAUUCAUGCUAGUUGACAUCUCAACCAAAUGUAAAUAAAAACUAAAGGUUGAAAUGA